AUAAUGAAAUACUAUUUAUUUAUUUGCUUACAAAGUAAACCCCUCUCUUUUUGUUUAUAUUCAUCAUUGUUUAACGUGAUCAUCCUGCCUGGUUUAGCCCUCUUUUCUAUUCACUCACAUGAUCUCUUAUUUUGAUUGGCUACUCAACUGAACAUUAUUUUUUUCUAUAUUAGUUGUAUCCUCCUUUGUCUUUUUCUUUCCAAUUUUUAUACUAUUUCCCCUUUCCUUAAUGUCGACAUACAAUUACAUUAUAAAAUAUAUCAUUGUCGGAGAUUCAGGGGUUGGAAAGUCUUGCUUAUUACUUCAAUUCACUGACAAAAGAUUUUAUGCUGGUCGUGAGUUGACUAUUGGUGUUGAGUUCGGUUCUCGAUUUAUCACAGUGUCUGAUGGAAAGCAGAUCAAACUACAGAUUUGGGAUACAGCGGGUCAAGAAAGCUUUAGAAGCAUCACCCAAAGUUAUUACAGAGGAGCAGCUGGUGCAUUAAUAGUAUAUGAUAUUUCACGUCGAGAGACAUUUGAACAUGUAUCAUCUUGGUUAGCGGAUGUUCGAAAGCAUGCUAAUCCUCACACGACUAUCGUUUUGGUGGGAAACAAGUGUGAUCUAGAGAAUCGUGCUAGGCAGGUCACGAGAGAAGAAGGAGAGAGAUUUGCUAAAGACAAUGGCAUACCACUUUUUAUCGAGACUUCUGCAAAAUCAGCCGAAAAUGUAGAAGAAGUGUUUGCAAAGACAGCAGAGGAUGUAUAUGAUAAAAUAAAAUCCGGCGUGUUCUCUCCAAAUGAAACCUCAGGUAUUCGAUUGGGUCAUACACAAAGUGCACUCGCAGAGGAAACGCAAGGAGGAUGCUGUUAAUAAAUGGAGAGGAUUUAUUUAAUUUACUUUACUUUACUUCUUAGCCUAGCAAAUGUCUCUAUUGUCAUUCUCUGAAUUCCCUCUGUAAUUGUCACUUUUGAAACAUGUUUGAUUAGGUCUUUGAUAGGUAUUUGUGUCCCUGAAAGCUAAGAGAUGACAUAAGUAUUCAGGCAUAAACUUAUCAAGAGGGGAAGGCUUAC